ACAAUCAUACACGACGUUCGCCGGCGAUGGUGCCAUUUUCAGGGUGGUGGCGAAUGGUGGCUGCUGUUCUCAAUGCAGCACUGCUCUUUCAUGGAGCUUCUUUUGCACAGACACCCACAGAUCCAGGUUACAGUUUCAUGCACCAAGCAACAACAGCUCCACCAGUUUCAUACUACGAUUACAUCAUCGUCGGCGGUGGCACCGCCGGCUGUCCGUUAGCCGCCACCCUCUCUCAGCAAUCCUCCGUCCUCCUCCUCGAACGUGGCGGUUCCCCUUACGGAAACACCAACAUCACCGACUUAUCUGCCUUCGGCGCCGCCCUCUCCGACCUCUCUCCGACCUCCCCAUCUCAACGAUUUGUCUCCACCGACGGCGUCGUCAACGCCCGUGCCCGUGUGCUCGGUGGCGGAAGCUGUUUAAACGCCGGAUUUUACUCACGUGCCGAUGCCGCUUACGUUAAACUUUCCGGCUGGGAUGCAGGAUUGGUGAACGAGUCGUACCGGUGGGUGGAGAAGGUGGUGGCGUUUCAGCCACCAUUGAAAAAGUGGCAGACCGCCGUGAGAGAUGGAUUGGUGGAGGCCGGAAUCUUGCCGUAUAAUGGUUUCACUUAUGAUCAUUUGUACGGGACGAAGGUUGGUGGAACGAUUUUUGAUAAUGAUGGGCAUAGACAUACGGCCGCCGAUUUGCUCCGGUACGCGAAACCGAGUGGACUCACUGUGUUACUGCAUGCACCGGUUCAUAAAAUAUUAUUCAACAUCCAAGGAGGAUCAAAGCCAAAAGCACAUGGUGUGUUAUUUGCAGAUGCAAAUGGGUUCAGUCACAGGGCAUACUUAAAGAGAGGGUCUAGUAAUGAAAUUAUAGUGUCUUCUGGGGCCCUAGGAAGCCCACAACUUCUAAUGUUAAGUGGAAUAGGCCCAAUAAAACAACUUAAGGCCCAUGACAUAACAGUGGUUUUGGACCAGCCCAUGGUGGGCGUGGGAAUGUCCGAUAACCCGAUGAAUGCUGUCUUCGUCCCCUCUCCUCAGCCCGUCGAGGUGUCUCUCAUCCAAGUUGUUGGUAUCACUCACAACGGAACCUAUAUCGAGUCUGCUUGUGGUGAAAACUUUGCCGGUGGAGCUCGAACUCAAGAUUAUGGAAUGUUUUCUCCACAGAUUGGACAACUUUCGACUGUGCCACCCAAACAAAGAACACAAGAAGCCAUAGACAAGGCAGUGGAGGACAUGAAAGCGCUCCCGCAAAGCGCUUUCGUUGGCGGGUUUAUCCUAGAGAAGAUCAUGGGCCCAAUCUCCACAGGCCAUAUUGAGCUUACAUCGCGAAACCCAAAUGACAACCCAACAGUCACAUUCAAUUAUUUUAAAGACCCUAGAGAUUUGCAACGAUGUGUUGACGGAAUCAAAAUCAUCGAGAAAGUAAUUGAAUCAAAGGCGUUUUCGUCGUUCCGAUUUGAUUCUCUCUCUAUCGUAGCUCUUCUCAACAUGACUGCCAGUUCACCCGUAAAUUUAUUGCCUAAACAUGCCAAUGCCUCAAGGUCUUUAGAACAGUUCUGUAGGGACACUGUGAUGACUAUAUGGCACUACCAUGGAGGGUGCCAGGUUGCUAGAGUAGUGAAUCGCGAUUAUAAGGUUAUUGGAGUAGACGCUCUUAGGGUCAUCGAUGGGUCAACUUUCCGUAAUUCUCCGGGAACAAAUCCUCAAGCCACCGUUAUGAUGUUAGGGAGGUACAUGGGGGUUAAGUUGUUGCGCGAGAGACUUGCAGCCAACGAAGCAUAAUGAUAUAAAAAAUAAUCUAUCUCGAAUUUUAAAAUUUGAGUUGUGUGAUUACCUGUUGCUUUUGAAGUGAAUAUUUUUUGUUUUGUUUUUUGGAGAAAAUAAUGUAAGAAAUAAUUAUUUAUUGCAAUGUUUAUCUAAUAAAUCGUGGUUUCGUUUCAAA